AUGGGAAACAAUAAUGUCUGCUUAGGAGAUAUCCAAAACAAUGUCCAUCGUUCUGGAUCUCCAAAUACAAAAUGGAAAAGAGAAGAUUUAAAAUCAGGUUCUUGUGUUUAAACAUUGAUUGAUAAAGAAAAUACAAAUUUUUUUAAGAUGGUUCAAUGCGGACCAGCAAUACCUUAUUAUCGAAAUGAACAUUCAGCUUAAAGAUGGACUUAGGCAAUUGCCAGUACAAAUCAAACUGAUGAUAUUGAGACAACAAUCAAUCUAUUAUAUGAAAAACCUGAAUUUGAAGAACUAGUACUUUUAGGACCUCCAAAAUAAUAUAGAUGGGCUACUUGGUAAGCGUUAUUAACUAAUGGGUAAAGUAAAUUAUCAUACGAAAAGUAUUUGGAAUAUAUGCCUAAUGAUGUUAAAAACAUUCUUAAAGAUAUUGAUAGAACAUUGGUUAAUCAUGCUUUAUUUAAACAUGAGAGUUGUGGUCAAGAAUAACUUAAGAGAAUUUUAUGUGCUAUAUCUAAUGCAUUACCAGGAGUGGGUUAUUGUUAAGGAAUGAAUUUUGUAUGUGCUUUAACAUUAAUUGUAUCUGGUUGUGAUGAACAUAAGACAUUUUAAUGUUUUAUGUAAAUGUUAACAAAUGAAAAACAUUUACUUUGCUUUAAUUUUUGUCAUUAAAUGCCGUUACAUUUCUUCUUUACAAAAUUGAUACAUUAUUUAAUUCGUAAGAAGUUUCCAAAAUUAAAUUUAAGAAAUGUGAAUGAUUCACUUUGGAUUAGUAAGAUGAUUUUAUCAUUAUUUAUAUAUGUAUUUAAGAUAGAUGAUUGUAUUAGAUGUUGGGAUUAUCUAAUAGCUAGAGGAAUGAUAAGAGGCAUUCCUGAAUUGAUAUUGGGUUUUAUAGAUGUGACAUAUAAAUAAUUAGAAUAGUUUAAGGAAGAGGAUUAUGGAUUUAAUUUUUAAGGUUAUGAAUCAAGCAUAAUAUAAUUUAAUGUUGGUGAAUUAAUAUAUGCAGCAAAGUAGAAACAUAAGAUUGAAAGAUAAUUAAUAUCAAGACUAGCAAGUAAGAUGAGAAAAAGUUAACCAUCAUAAUUAUUAGAUUUACUCUGUCAUUUUGAAAAUGUCCAAACAUAUAAAAAGCAUGUUGAAUUUUAUAUGAAGACAAUAUUUGAUUUAUACUGA